AGGAAGUAAGGAGUUUUGCGGUUGUAGGCUCGUCAUUCGAUCGCUAUUUUCAAAACAAAGGUUACGUACUACAGGUUAUUGUUUUCUGUCACCUAUUCCUCCGUUAAUAUGCAACUGUAAAAACGAUUGUCAGCAGAGUUUGUGGAAUGCUGGUGUAAAACCAGUAAAAAUGCACAGCCGUCUACAGGAGUUGAAGAAGGAAGAGGAAACUCUCCUCAAAAUCAAAAUCAUGCUACAGGACCAGCUGAACAGGUUAAAGUUUGAAGAAGGUGCCUUGAGAUCAAUCAUUAGAGCUCAAACUGAGGAAGGAGCACUGGAAUGCCCAUCUCCUGAAAUUGAGGAUGUCAACCUCGAUGAUGAGAGUAAGAUUAACUGCACCAAGCUCCUGCUCAACACUGCUGCUGAUUAUGAUAUGGAGGAGGAAGAGGAAGAAGACGAGGAUGAAGAUGAUGAUAAGGAAGAGGAGAAUGAAGAUGAUGACAAUGAGUUUGGGUUUGUGCUUGAUAGGGAUGAAGAAGAAGAUGAUGAUGAUUACUGAGCUGCUAAGCUUCCUUAAUACUGAAUGUGAUCUCAGUAUUUAAUCAAUCCAACAACAUGUUCUAUGUAUUUGUCCACCGGUGUAGUAUUUUCAUUUGAGAAGCUUAAUUUAUUGUCACCGAGUUUGUGGCUUGUUGGGUUCAUGUGUGGUGCUCAGAGUAUCCUCUCCAUUACCUAGUGAAAGGCAUUAGGAUUUCAGUAAGUUGUUCGUGUUUCAAAUUUAAUUAGAAAUGUCACACCAAAAUAGCUGGCAAUGUAUAGGUGCUUCAUUUCUAUUAACCUGACUAUUAGGUGCAUGACUUCGGCUGAAAACCACAAAUCAAAUGUUAAAAUGUGCCUGUUAGCAUGAAAAGGUAUGGCUGGGCCAUAUGAAAAAUUCCAUAAGCACAAAAUACAUUUUUGUAUCUGUGUUUAUGUUCUAAAGGACAAUUGUUUUUUUUCUUUUUACAUUUAUUGCUGAUCUGCAUUAUACAUUGGUGACAAUUAGAUAGUAAAUGAUUUUCAUAUUAAAUAAUGUGGAAAACCA